UAAAAGUAUCAGUCGAAUUCUUCCGCACCACGCUGUGCGGUCCUACACACGGUUCGCCAAGUAACCGCAGGCUACCAUAAUGACACUCCUGUACCGCUGCCACGCUCUGGUCAUGUGCAUCGUCAUCGUUUCUGGUAGUACUGACAAUGAAUUACCACAAGGAAGUGCGCACAAUGAGGCUCCUCAUUCACAUGCACGCAAUAACACCACAGAAAGAGAUCAAUACAAAGAUCAAUACAAGAAGCUUCCACAAAUGUGUAAGCAACACCCAGAAAGUGGACGCUGUAAGGCCUUUAUACCAAUGUGGUAUUUUGACCCUCAUCAUACAUGGUGUAAGAUAUUCAUAUAUGGAGGCUGUGGUGGUAACGAGAACAAAUUUGAAACAGAAAAGGAAUGCAUGAAACAAUGCGCACCCUCAGCACGGCCAAAGAUAGUAUGCAGUGCACCGCUGGAAACGCGACCAUGUGUGUUUUCAAGUCGGCCUUGGUACUUUAAACCUGAGAAAGGCACUUGCCAUCGAUUACGAAAAGGCAAAUGUGCCAAAGGUCGUAAUGCUUUCCCGACUUGCCAUGCCUGCAUGAAAAGAUGCAGCCGUCUUGAUGCUGCCUAUGUCUGCGGAAAAAAUGCCACAAGAGAGUCAGGAGGACGCCCAGAAUAAAAACUGCUGCGUGGCGGUCAUCUGAAGUAUUCAAAAGAUCUGCUUUGGA